AUGUCCAGCCACCCUCAUACCGGCAACAAGGCGCUACCCCAAGUUCAGGUCGCGCACUCCCUUCUUGGAGUCCAAAGUAUCGACCCGCUAGGACUAGGUAUUACUUGGCGCAAUACACUGCAUCCUUUGAAUUUACUCUCUCUUGUUGAUCAGCAUGUUUCACUACCAAGCACUUUUCCGGCGUCUGGGUAUGUCAAGAUGGUUGUGGAGGCAUCUCUGAAAUUCUCCGGAUCAAGAAUUCUUCGAAAAUUUGAACUUGAAGACUUCUUUAUCGAAAAUAACAUCGACCUGAAAACCCAAGAGGACGCAAUUACGACGAUCCUUGAACUUCAGUCAACCGGCAGCCACGAGAGAAAUGGAGACAGGACAGAUUUCUUAAAUUUUCGAAUUAGAACAAUCUAUUCGGGUGGAAGCAAGUUAAAUGCUUUAGGAUGUGUGCGCUUGAGAAGUUCAUAUGGGCACAAAGGAUCAUUUUUACCUAGGAUAGCGCAGCAAUAUGUGCAAUCGUCUCCUCAACAAAAAAUUGUCAAGACUCUCCCAAUGCCUUUUGGGCAGUCAGGCUUUUGGUUUAUGACUCAGUUUGUCGGAGACCCGACGUUUUUUAAUGGAACAGUCUCAUUCUUGAUCACAACAAAUCUUGAUAUUCAGUUGCUCUCACGACUUGUACGCGAGAUGGCUGGUCGGCAUGAAGGGUUACGGACGGCAUUCUUCACUGACAGCUCCCACCAACCAAAGCAAGGAGUCUUAGUUGAGUCUCCAUUAUGCCUGGAGACGAAGAUAAUUUCAUCUCAAAAACAAUUACGCAUAGAAACCGAUGCCAUGAACAAUCAUGUCUAUGAUCUUGCUCGAGGUGAAACUCUACGACUUCUGCUCCUUACGGAGUCUGCACUCCGGCAUCAUCUGGUUGUAGGAUACCAUCACAUAAAUAUCGAUGGGAUGAGCGUUAUAGCUAUCACUGAGGAGCUCAGGCUAGCUUAUGAGGGAACAAAGCUGCCGCCACCGUUCCAGCAAAAUGAAUUUGCAAAAAGACAACAUGAACGCCUCCGCACGGGGCAGUAUGCGAAUGACAUCUCGUUUUGGAAGAGCGAAUUUCAAGAUCUUCCAGAAAUUUUCCCCAUUCUUCCUCUCUCUCAGAAUACACUCCGAUCUCGCCCAGUAGCCAGAACAACAUACCGCCAUGUUAGAGCAGAAAGACGGCUAAACCCUGCCAUUACAGCGAAACUUCAAGGUCUUCGAAGACAGGGGUAUAUCCAAUCUCCUUUCAAUUUCUAUGUGACUGUCUUUCAGGUCCUUCUGAGCCGGCUCGCCCAGUCGGAAGAUAUUUGUAUCGGCGUGGCAAGUGCGAACAGGCACAACGAUCCCGGCUCUGAAGACAGCAUUGGUAUAUUCUUGAAUCUGUUCCCGCUUCGACUGCGCUCACAAAUGUCAAAACCUUUUCUUUCUUUGCUGAAAGAAAACAAAGAUAAAACCCUUGCCGCUAUGAACCACUCAGCAGUUCCAUUUGACGUCAUCCUAGACGAAGUUGGGGCUACUCGACACUCUUCACAUAGUCCUCUGUUCCAAACAUUCAUCAACUAUAUUCCCACGAGAGAGUCAAGAUCAUUUAGAGAUGGAACCAUAGAGAACAAUGAAUAUGAGAUAGGAGAAACUCUAUAUGAUAUCAUGUUGGCUAUCAUUGAUCCUCCUAGCGGCGAUCCUUGGAUAGCAUUCAUGGUCCAGAAAGAGUUGUAUACGGAACGCGAGGCCCAAAUUUUGCUAGAUUGUUUCAUCAAUCUAAUGGAUGCUUUCACUAGCGAUAUACAUGUUUUAGGACUUGCGCCACAGAUGUUCAAUAUGGCAGCAAUUCAAAACGCGAUCCACCUAGGCCAAGGAACAAGUCUUGACAUUGGACUAGGGUCUCUCAAUGGAUUCUUAGAUGAUAUCUCUACCGAACGCUCUAGCGAAAUCGCGUUGCAGGAUACCCAUGGAGCUAAGCUUUCCUACGCCGAAAUGAUGAAUAAAUCGACCCAGAUUGCCCAUACGCUUUCCGUAUUAGGUAUUUCACCAAGGUCUAGGGUUGGUGUCCUCCAAGAGCCGAGUGUAAAUUGGAUAUGCUCUAUGCUCGGAAUUUGGCGAUUCGGGGGGAGCUAUGUCCCCUUGGAAGUUACCCACAGCGCCGAAAGACUAAAAUCUAUUAUGUGCGACGCAGAUGUUUCCGCUAUUCUAAUUCACGAUGCGACCAGAACGCUUUGUGAAGAUAUAGAUGGCGCACAAACCGCAACUAUAGUUGACGUAAUUACAGUCAGUGACAUCGGGGAAGGAGUAGAUUUCGGUUUUUAUACCCCUACACCUCCAGAUGAAGCAAUUGUGCUCUAUACAAGCGGAUCUACUGGUACACCAAAAGGCAUUUCGCUUCCUCACCGAAUGGUCACUAAUACCAUUAAAGGCUUUCUUCAAACCUUUCCUAUGAAGCCCCAGACCGUCCUCCAGCAAAUUGCCCUCAGCUUUGAUGUUUCUUGGUGGCAGUCGUUGCUUGGACUUGCUACCGGUGGAACUGUCAUCGUCGCCGGGAAUGAUGUUCGAAGAGAUCCAUUUGCAUUGACUGCUCUCAUCAUCUCUCAAAAGAUAACCUUGACACUUGCAGUCCCAUCAGAAGCCACAUCUUGGCUUGAAAAUGGCGACACUCAGCGAUUACGCCAAUCAGCAUGGGAGUGGCACCUAUCCGCUGGGGAGGAGGUUAGCGGUAACCUAGUCGAAAGGUUCAGGAGGCUGGAGAAGCUGGAUUUACGCUUUUUGAAUGCUUAUGGCCCUGCGGAGACAAUUAUUCCAAAUGCUCAUGAGAUUCUGUAUCAAGAUCGCAACUUGGACAUUUCAUCUUUCCCCAUUGGCAAAGCCUUGCCUAAUUACAGCGUAUACAUCAUGGAUCAGGACAACCAUCCUCUUCCAGCCGGUGUCCCAGGCCAAAUUGUCAUUGGAGGGGCCGGCGUUGCUUCUGGUUAUAUAAACCAGCCAAACCUUACAGCGACUAGAUUUCCCAAGGAUACGCUUGCUAGUGCCCGAGCAGUUGCCAACGGGUGGAUACAAGCACAUCUUAGUGGCGACCGUGGCUAUAUGCGGGAAGAUGGCGUCUUUGUGGCGCUUGGCCGCAUAAACGGCGAUACGCAAGUCAAAUUACGAGGCCAGCGAUUUGAGCUUCGAGAAGUCGAAGUAGCUAUGGUAGCUGCGGGACAAGGUGAUGUUUCGGAGGCUGUUUGUCAUAUUCGGUGUCACGAUGAGAAGGAUGCAGCAUCUGCAUUCCUCGCUGCGCAUGUUACACUUCCGCAAGAAAUUCAGAAAAAGUAUGGCACCAACGGGCCAGUAAUCGACAGCAUGCUCCGUAAUAUUGUCUCUAGUCUCGCACUUCCACAAUACAUGCGUCCUUCUGUCGUUGUAGCCCUGCCGUUCAUGCCACUAAAUCACCAUGGGAAAGUUGAUCGGAAACUCCUCUCCAAAUCACCCCUGAAGAAGGCCGCCGAACCUCCGAAAUCUUCGCCACGUUUCAUCCAAAGUCGGAGCGCGCAGUUCCAAAAUGAGAUGGCAGCGAUAUGGAGGGACAUAUUGGGUGAUCUAAUUGAUGGGCAGAAGCUAGAAGAAGGCUCCGACUUUUUCUUGGUCGGCGGUAAUUCGCUACUGCUAAUCAAGGUUCAAAGUAAAAUCAAGGAACGAACACGCCAUGACAUCCCACUCGCGAAGUUGUUCGAGGCUAGCACUCUCGGCAAAAUGGCUGCUAUACUCCGCGACAAUCAGCAGUACGACAAUAAAGAACAGCCAGUGAGAAGUCCAAACGAAGGUAAAAUGAAGCAAAUAUGGCUUUCUGUGCUCGGUGAUAUCGUGAGCGAGGAUGUUAUCACGUCUGAUGCUGAUUUUUUUCUUAUCGGCGGUAAUUCAUUACUUCUUAUUCGUGUACAAAACGAAGUACACAAGCAAUUCGGCGCUCUCCUUCCACUGGCCUCCCUUUUCGAAGCGAGCAGGCUAGGGCAAAUGACAAUAAUGUUGGAUACACUGACCAUAGAAAACCACGCGUCUCGCGAAAUUGAAGCAGAUAUCGACUGGAAUGAAGAGGUGGCAUUUCAUGAGCAGCUUCCAGCCAUCACAUCAGUCGGUAAUAAUCAUGAGCUUAAUGACGGGCCUCCAAGUGGGAUAGUCGUGCUAACAGGGGCUACGGGAUUUCUCGGUAGACACAUCUUACAAAAGCUUGUUAGUGAUGAUACGGUAAAAGCAGUGCACUGUAUCGCUGUUCGAGAUGUCUCAAAGUUUCUUAUUAAUUCUCCAAAAGUUAUUAUCUACCCGGGGGACCUGAGAGAUCCUCUCCUUGGGCUUUCCGAUGUUGCGGCAAGACGGGUCUUCUCCCAAGCGUCGGCAAUAAUCCACAAUGGCGCGGACGUCUCAUUCCUUCGAACUUAUUGGACUCUUCGUGCAGCCAACGUUCUUUCUACUAAAGCCCUCGUGCAGCUAGCCAUUAAGCACGCAAUUGAUAAGCCACGACUGCGCUUUCAUUUCGUCUCAACAGCUGGUGUUGUCCAGCUUGGAGCAGAUGAAUUGUAUGAAGAGGCAAUAUCCGUGCUUCAACCUCACAAAAACACGAACGGAUAUAUCGCAUCGAAGUGGGCAUCGGAGAAAUAUCUGGAAAAUGCUCAUAUCGGUUCUGGGCUACUAGUUACAAUACACAGACCAUCCUAUGUUCUUGGGCCAGAUGCGCCCCAGCUUGAUGUAAUGCACAAUAUCCUGAGUUUUGCAGAGAGACUGAAGAGCGUGCCUCGUAUGCCUUCAGUAGACAGAUGGCUGCAAUUUGUAGGAAUCGACGACGUGGCACAAGAUAUCGUGACAGACGUAUUGGAUAUACGCAAUAGUCAAGGGACAAAUGUGCAGUAUCGCAAUCACUGUGGUGUUGAGAACAACUGGGUUCGGCUAGACCAGCUUGGAUUAUACUUAGAGAGGGAACAUGGCACGGAGUUUUCCGAAGUCGACACUACACAUUGGAUUGACUCUGCAGGAAGGGCCGGGAUGCCAAUACAGGUGAAAGAAUACUUGAGGAAUCUCAUGGUAGGUAGUGAUUCUACGAAUACGAUUUGGACUUCACCACGGGUGUUGAAAGGGCCGCGAAAGAUUAUUGCUCCCUGGAGGAAGAAAGGAAGGCUUUAA